UUAUGAGAGAGUCAUGGGCUCGGUAUCAUAGGCCUUAUCGAUUAAAAGAAAUGAAUAAAUGGGUUUCAACCCGUGAACCGGGUCUUCCAAGUGAGCCCGUAUGAUACGGGGUCAUGCCACGCGGCGCAGAGGGAGUGGCUACGCGAUCGCGCGGGUUGACUGCGAAAAAAUGGGUUUCGCGUGAAAGAUCCCAUUUUCCCUUCUCUCUUCGAAAUCUAGGGUUUCUCCGUCUGUGAGGCGAUUUCGUGUCGGGGUCCAGAGCCGGAGAUUUUCUCGAUCAAUUCGUCGUCGGAGUCACUCGUAAACGCUCUCAGGUGAGUCUCAAUCACUCCGAGGACGAGAUAGCUUCGAUUUGAUCUCGAGAGGUUUCUAGGUUAAGGAAGUCGAUUUGGGGGUUUCGUCUUAGGGUGGGAAAUCGAGAAGGGGGUUUCGAUUUCUUGGUCAAAAUCGACAUACGGUUUCUUUUUAGGGUUCGUUUAUCAUGGAUUUCAUUUCGAUUUGGGGGUUUCGUGUAAGGGUUCGAAAUGUAAAAGGGGGUUUUAAUUUAGGACAUGAAUAUAACCGGACUUGGCUCUUUUAGAAUUGUUCUGUGGUCUUGUGUGGUCUAUAGUAGUUUGAUGCGAUUUUUUUAAAUUGGAACUCGAUUAAUACAUGUAAUUGGAACUCGAUUGUUGCAGAUGGAAACUCCCCGAGAACCUCAUUUCUUCAAGCCUCUUCUUCCUGGUUUUCAAAGUGGCGUCGCAAUACCACUUGACUUCUACUCAAAACACAUACAAGGGGCUGAGAUCAAUAAACCAUGGAAGCUAAGAUCGGACGCUUCGGAUCAAAUUUGGGAGGUGAUCCGAGAAGGCAGGACACUCACCAAAGGUUGGAAAGAGUUCACCGAAGCACAUGAUCUUCGAAUCGGUGACAUUGUCAUCUUCAAACACGAAGGAGACAUGGUCUUUCAUGUGACUCCUUUUGGUCCUAGCUGUUGUGAGAUUCUGUGGUCCGACGCGGAUGAUGCUCCUACUUUCUCAUACGACUACUGCUUCUUGGCUGAGGUUACUCCUACAAAUCAAAAGGACGACAAAAUGUUUCUUCCUGUGGAAGCUAUGAGGUGUGGUGCUUUGAACCAACAAUGCAAAGAGGUCAAACUUGUCAACAAGGAGGGAAAGUCAUGGACUGCGCGCUUCGGAUUUAGCGAAUCAGACGGCGCAUAUUACAUCAGCAGAGGGUGGAGAAAGUUUUGUCGUGAUAACAGAUGCACCAACGGAGAUUUGUUUGUGUUCAACGUGGUUGGAGACGGGACGACAACUCCAUUACUGUGUGUAUGUCCGGAAAGGAAGGAGUGUACUGAACUACUGAUCAAGCACUUCAGCAGAAUCGAUGGUAGCAUUGCUUCUACCUCACGAAAUUAGAUGGCUCUUUUGCGGUCUUUCCUCUCUAUCAUCUUAACUUGUUUCUUUUUGUUUCAUUAGCAACUUAUCAACUUAUGUAUUUCGGUUUGUAAAACUUGAAUGGUUUUUCUAUGUGAACUUUUAUCCUAAGUUAAACAUUCUCGAACUUAAUUCCUUUGUUGAAUGCGUAGACUGAUCAUCGAACAAAAUGUUUCUAUGAAUUGAAUUUAAGUUAAGAAACAACAUAAAAUUUUAAAACAUAGCUUUUAUACAUUUGAAAACACAAACCAAAACUUAAACUCCAAAACUAAAACAUAGGUUGAAUAAAAUGUUUUCAUAAAUUUUAUAAUAUAUUUUAAUAUUUUAUUCAUGUAUUCUGAAUAAUUUUAAAUUUAAAAAAAAAAUAAAAAAAAAUAUUAUUAUUUUAUUCCUAUGAACUCCUUCUUCGGAUUCACUGAUGCAGAAAACUACAAAUUCGGGUUCAUAACUGUUCAUGGACCCACAAAAAAAAUAUUAAAAAAAUUUGGUGAACCCCAAAGUGGGGUUCACCAAUGCUCAUGCUCUAACCAAACUAGAGUUUCAUUGUUCAACUACACACAAAAGACACACACACACACUAUCUCACACGUGUGUGUGAAUUUUACCCUAAUCCGCCAAAAACUCAAACAUCUUCACAUUAGUUCAAUUCUAGAUCCCCGACUCAUCUUUAUUUUCUCUCACACAAUUGUUCUUCCCUUUCAAUCAAAUCUACAACCACCUCAACCCUCUCUCCUAUAACUCCAAUAUAGUUUCCCAAAUCUUCAUAUCCUAAUCCCUUCCCUUCUUUUUUUUUGUUCAAAUAUUAUUUCCUUCUAAUCCAUCUUAUUUUGUUAGCUUUGUUAGAAAAAAAAAAAAACUAAGAGAAGAAGACCAUCUCAAUCUAUCACCACCAACCAUCUCAUAUCACCAAAUUAAAGAAAUUUUCACCUCCGGUGAAACCCGCGGCGGAUGAAACAUGAAAUUAGUGGCGGAGAAGACACGAAAUCCACGGCGGAAGAGACAAUGUCUUAGAGCUGAUCUUGCCUCAAUUCGAAGUCGUCAAACAAAGUUGAUGGAAACCGUGAAAAGCUGGAUCCUUUAUCAUGAUUUUGUUUGUCUCUGCAAUGAUUUGUUCGGAUCUUGCUAGAAACUAACCCGAACCAUACGUAAGGAUCCGAAUGCUUAGGUUAAACGUGUACAAAACCUAAUCUUCAUAACUUGUGUCCACAUGAUAUAUGUCCACAAAUCUGAUAUCCAUAUCCUGUUCGUCGAUAAUUUUUCAUCCAUAUCCACAAUA